GAGGGGGAGAGAACCCGAGUGUGUGUAUGCGUGUGCGUGUGUGAGCGCGAGCGAGCUUGCGAGGGAGAAGAGCGAGAGAGAGUGCGAGCGAGAAAGAAUAAAAGGAAAGAAGAUUUUCUCUAUGUAUAUAAAGAUGGCCACGUUAGCAAACGGACAGGCUGACAACGCGAGCCUCAGUACCAACGGGCUCGGCAGCAGCCCGGGCAGCGCCGGGCACAUGAACGGAUUAAGCCACAGCCCGGGGAACCCGUCGACCAUUCCCAUGAAGGACCACGAUGCCAUCAAGCUGUUCAUUGGGCAGAUCCCCCGCAACCUGGAUGAGAAGGACCUCAAGCCCCUCUUCGAGGAGUUCGGCAAGAUCUACGAGCUUACGGUUCUGAAGGACAGGUUCACAGGCAUGCACAAAGGCUGCGCUUUCCUCACCUACUGCGAGCGUGAGUCAGCGCUGAAGGCCCAGAGCGCGCUGCACGAGCAGAAGACCCUGCCCGGGAUGAACCGGCCGAUCCAGGUGAAGCCAGCGGACAGCGAGAGCCGAGGAGGUAGUAGCUGCCUGCGCCAGCCCCCUUCACAAGAUAGAAAACUCUUCGUGGGCAUGCUCAACAAGCAGCAGUCCGAGGACGACGUGCGCCGCCUCUUCGAAGCCUUCGGGAACAUCGAGGAGUGUACCAUCCUGCGCGGGCCGGAUGGCAACAGCAAGGGGUGCGCCUUUGUGAAGUACUCCUCCCAUGCCGAGGCACAAGCCGCAAUCAACGCUCUGCACGGCAGCCAGACUAUGCCGGGAGCCUCAUCCAGUCUGGUGGUCAAGUUUGCCGACACCGACAAGGAGCGCACGAUGCGGCGAAUGCAGCAGAUGGCCGGCCAGAUGGGCAUGUUCAACCCCAUGGCCAUCCCGUUUGGGGCCUACGGCGCUUACGCACAGGCACUGAUGCAGCAGCAAGCGGCACUAAUGGCGUCAGUCGCACAGGGCGGCUACCUGAACCCCAUGGCUGCCUUCGCCGCCGCCCAGAUGCAGCAGAUGGCGGCCCUCAACAUGAAUGGCCUGGCGGCCGCACCCAUGACCCCAACCUCAGGUGGCAGCACCCCUCCGGGCAUCACUGCACCAGCUGUGCCUAGCAUCCCAUCCCCCAUUGGGGUGAACGGCUUCACCGGCCUCCCCCCACAGGCCAAUGGGCAACCUGCCGCGGAAGCUGUGUUUGCUAAUGGCAUCCACCCUUACCCAGCACAGAGCCCCACCGCCGCGGACCCCCUGCAGCAGGCCUACGCUGGAGUGCAGCAGUAUGCAGGUCCAGCCGCCUACCCUGCUGCCUAUGGUCAGAUAAGCCAGGCCUUUCCUCAGCCACCUCCAAUGAUCCCCCAGCAACAGAGAGAAGGGCCCGAGGGCUGUAACCUGUUCAUCUACCAUCUGCCCCAGGAGUUUGGGGACGCUGAGCUGAUGCAGAUGUUCCUCCCUUUCGGUAAUGUCAUCUCCUCGAAAGUGUUUGUGGAUCGGGCGACUAACCAAAGUAAAUGCUUUGGCCACCAGAGCCACAUUGCUGAGGAGUCAGGAAGAACAAACUGGUCCUGCCCUCAGGAAGCCUCAGGCCGGCACUCUGUGCCCUCCCGCUGCCAGGCCCCCUCCUGUCAGGGAGGACAGUGUCCAAUAAACUCCUCCACCCGCAGGCUUCGUGAGCUUCGACAACCCGGCCAGCGCGCAGACCGCCAUCCAGGCCAUGAACGGCUUCCAGAUCGGCAUGAAGAGGCUCAAGGUGCAGCUGAAGCGGCCCAAAGACGCCAAUCGCCCAUACUGAGCGCCGGCGGGAGCGUCCCCCGGGGGAGACCAGGACUCGCACAGGGCCAGUCAAAUCCACCACAGUCUCGCGCUGAGCUAGGAAUAAAGUUCACGUAAUCACAUGAGAGUGGAGAAAACAGUCCCCCAUCCGGCAGGAUGCUGAACGGGCUACAUUAAAAAACAAACCUCUCUCUAUAUAUAUUUAUAAAUGAGAACUGUUGGAUGACACCUUUGACAUAUCAGCCAAUAUCAAUCAAGCUGAAGACUCCAGACACUCUCUGUGACUGUAACAUUUCUUCAAGGAAAGUAUAGCGUCUGUGGAGUUCAGAGGGCACGUGUUUGGGGGAAAAAUAUAUAUGACACAAAGAAGAAGAUGAUGAAGAAAAAUGAGAAAAAAAAAAAAACACAAAAAAGGCAACUUUAAAACAAAAUAACUUGAGACCAGAUGGGGAGGCUGAAAGGCUGGGAAGAGGGAAGAGACGCUGCUUACCGAUCCCCGGGGCUUUUCCAGCCCAUGGGCGCCUGAGGCAGGCUGGGGCGAGCGGUGUGGUGGGGCCUGGUCCCCAGGGGGCGGCGGGGAGGCCGCCGCUGAGCAUCUCUAUCUGUCAUUCCUUUAGCUAUUUAGGGACCAAAGGACCAAACUUUUUAUUGCAGCUGUGUAGCUCUAUGCCCAAUAGAGGGGGAUGGAGGAAAACCUCCUUCCUGCCUCAUGGCUGUUCUUGAAACAGCUUAGAGCGAUUCUAUGAAAAAUGUAAUAAAAAAAAACAAAAAAAAAAAAAAACAAAAAAAACAAAAACAAAAAAAAAGGAAAAAUAAUGCUUCAAUGCUUUUAAAACAGCAAGGUAAUAGUUCUUUGAUACUUUGAGAGGCGCUUUGAUUACCCUCGUUCAAGUCUAUGACACUUUCCUAUGGUUUUCUGUAUUAUAUGUCUGGAUGGAGCUGUUAAGAUGAACAAAAUGGUGGAUAUUUGGGGAAAGCAACAAAAAUAUUAAAACUCAUUAACCGUGAAGUGUGAGAAAACAAGGAGGGGACAAAAGGGACUUACAAGGCAAGGUAAUUGUUGUGAAAAGUCUGUAAAUGCUUCUAACUCUUCCCCCUCUUAAAAUCAUAAUAGUUGUACAGAAUUUUAAAAAGGAGAAGUUUAAAAUACCUAUAUAAUAGAAGAAAAAUUAGAGGAAAGCAAAAAAUAAAAAAAAAAUAAAAAAGGAAAAAAAAAACCUAUAGAAGUUAGCGUUACUGCUAAAAUCCCAGAUGUUGUAGGACUGUACUUUUGUAGAGUUUAGACUGAGCAUCGAUCCCUUCUCCCCGCGAGUGCUGUCGGACGCCGUGGACCCCGAGGGCCAGGCCGGACUCGCCCAGACCUGCGGGCUCCUGGCCGCGCACCGCCGGUGGGGGCCGCGCCAUCGCGGGAAAGCCGCCGCCCCGCCCUCGCCUGCUUCGCUCGGGAGCUGCGCGCGCUCGCCCGCUCUCCGCAAGCCCUCGACACCUGCCGCUUCACUCGCCUUCCAUGCUUGCUCCAGAGACUUUCCGGGCAAGGGAGACCUGGGAAAUUCAUCUUAAAACAACUAAACAACACACACACACACAAAAACCUUAAACAAGAGAGAGAAAAAUAAACAAUCUUUGAAGAAUUUCUGAAACUGUUUACAAGGAAUUUUGAAAAACAGGGAUGUUUAAAUGAUGCCGGCUCUGUUUUUCUGUAAAUAAAUUUGCAUAUUUUGUAGGACUUUUAAUUGUAAUGAUAGAGAAAAAAAACAAGGAAAACUAUUUAAUGAAAGCACGAUAUUUAUCUUUGGUAAAUGACUUUAGAGCAGUUAAAAAAGACAUUGCUUAAAAAACUCAGAAUCAGAAAAAACACUGAAUUAUUUAAGAACACAUAUAUUUUAAAGUAUAACAUAUUUAUUAUAAUUUAUUUGCACCGUUGGGAAGACUUGCUUUGGCAUUCUGCCUUGAUACCCUCCUCUCAUUGAUGUCCGGGUCAUCUGGAGGCCAGGAGGCUCAUGGACCUACCAUUUUCCCCUUUUUUUGCUUUAGAAGAACAAAUGUCUGGUUCCUCUUAGGCCUCCUGCCCUUCCUUUCUUUCUGUCUAUUUUGUUAGUUAAUUAUUAUUUUUUAAAUUUUCUUUUUCUUUCUCUUGGCUCCUCCUUUUAGGAUGUCCAGAUGUUGUAAAAAAAAAAAAAAAAAAAAAACAGCCGCAGUUCAGUACAACUGCUCUUUU